GUGCAAAUUUCAAACCUGGUGAAGUCGACAACGAACGGGCAGCUGAUAACUGUAGACUCUCCAGUAUUAAUAGUGCUUUUUUUAUGUCUAAAGUCAGCUUUCACGUUAAGAAAUAUUGUUUUUAAAUACACAUUUUAGUGAUCUACGGUGGCAACAUGAGAGCGAGUGAAGUCCAUGCAGCAGAGUCUGUUGCCUACCUCAACAGAGCACUGGUCAGGUUGCAGGAUAUUUGGGAGGAAAUAGGGAUACCAGAGGAGCAGCGUGUGCAGAGAACCAAUGACGUUCACAAACACAUCAAAGGUUUGCUGGAUCUAAUGAUUGCUGAGGAGGAGGAGCUCAAAAAGAGAUUAAUGAAAAACAUAGAAUCCUGUCGGGAGGAACUUAAUAAAUUGUGCAGUGAACUUCAGCUGCCCCCCUUUGAGGAGGAAGAAGGCUGUACCAUGUUGCAGUUGGAGAAGAACAGCCGCACCCGUCUUCAGGUGAUGAGGGAGCACAAGAAGCAAAGAAUGGAAGAGCUUAAGGGCCUCACUGCCAAAGACAAUGAGCUGUGUGAUAUUUUGUGCACCACCCCUUUUUGCAUUGACCAUGAGUCCAUCCCAUCACUGAAGGAACUAGAGACAUAUCGUGCCUACCUGGAUGAUCUGACCAAAGAGAAGGAGCGCCGUCAUGAUGAAUUUGUGAGCAUGAAGAAGGAAAUCAUCUCAUGCAUGGAUGAGCUGGAGCGGCACGCAGAGACCAGUUUUGAAACAGAUGUGAUGUGUGAGGAUGAGGAGGAGUUUUGUCUGUCAAAUGACAACAUUGCUGCACUUAAACUACUCCUCAGUCAGUUGCAAGAACGCAAGGCUGAGAAUGAGCUCCUUUGCUCAGCACUCCGCACUAAGAUCCAGGAGCUGUGGGAAAGACUUCAAAUUCCCCAAGAGGAGAGGGAAGCACUCUCUGAGCAUAUGGAAAAGUCAAAGAAGAAAAACAUUGCAGCACUCCAGGCUGAAGUCGAGCGUUUAGAGGUGCUGAAAAUGCAGAGCAUGAAGAGUUUCAUUGAGGCCAUCAGAGCUGAGAUUGCCCUUUUAUGGGAGAGAUGCUUCUACAGCCAGGAACAAAAGCAAGCUUUUGUGCCAUACAAUGAUGACGAUUUCACCGAAGAGCUUCUCGACCGGCACGAGGCCGAGGUCAAGACUCUGAAGAAGUAUUUCGAGGACCACAAAGAGCUGUUUCAGGGAGUCACAAAAUGGCAGGAGAACUGGACCUUGUACUUGGAGCUUGACAGAAAAGCUAAUGACCCUAUGAGGUUCAACAACAGAGGUGGGAACCUUCUGAAAGAAGAGAAGCAGAGAUGUGACCUACAGAAAAGUUUGCCUAAGCUGGAAAAGAGUCUGAAGGCUGAAAUUGAUGAAUGGGAGCAGGAGCACGGCAAGGAGUUCCUGGUGAAUGGGCAGAAAUUUCUGGAGUAUGUGAAGGAGCAGUGGGAUCACCACCACACUGAAAAGGAGAAGGAGAAACUGGAGAGGCAACUGAAGAAAAGCAAACAGACUCAGGAGGACAUGUUGUAUGGAACCGCAGUGAGGACACCGUCCAAAAGGCGGAUAGCCGGGACUCCCACAACUGGCAAAGUCAGAAGGCUCAAUGGCACCUCGACCUUCUCCACUCCUACCAGCUUCCUUAGCUCAGGCAUCGGUGGAACCAUGUGCCAGACCUCGAUGGCGAAACCUCCUCUGUCUGCCAGCAAGAGUCUUGGCCUGCGAACCCCUGGACAUGGAAAAACUCCCCGUGCACUUGAUCGGAACAAGGAAAACAUCUCCCAUCUUAAUAGAAAUACUCCGAGUGGCACACUAAGGUCUCAGGAUACUCAAGAUCACACCUUCACCUUUAACUCUAUUGCUGGUUCCUAUUCGGAAUUUGCGAGAGAGCUCUCGAAGGCGUCUAAAUCCAAUGGGAAGUCGGGACUGCUGAACUCCACCGUCACUCAACACUGAUGGAUCAAAAGGAGCAGCUUCAGUGCCAGGAGUCGCCCAGCUCGGUGGUAGUUUGGUGUUAGUUAAAGUGGACAAGAGGGAACUUGAACUUCUUUAUAAAAAAUGUAAAUAUUUUACACCAUGUGAACAUUUUGAGACUCAAGUGAUCCUGUUUUCAUUAGAGUUUAUUUCAAUGUCAACUGCUGGGGCAAUUUUCUCUUCUGUAUAUAUUUUUGUGGUAAGUUAAUGAUGUUUGUGGCUUUAGGCGGUUGUGGCUUUUUAUUUGACAUUUUUCUUAUGGGGAUACAGCCUUUUUAAGUGAAACUUAUCUAUAAUUCACUACUUGAGAGUUAGUACUGUAGCAGUUAGCCCAUGAAUCGAUUGAUCCAGCUGGAAUGACAGCUAAAUUUGCUCUUCAAAAACUUCUGCUGCUCCUGCUUUUUUAAAAGUCAACCUGUAAAUAAACUUUUUAAAAGAACA